CCUAAAGAAAUUCCGCUAAUAAUUUUCGCCAGUCACAACCUCAAAGACGACGAGGGGGCGGGGACCAGAUCUCAACGAGAGGAGACGAGGCAAUUGCCCCUGCGGCGCGUUGUUGUCGGAAUCCUUCAGCAGGAAUUUGGGCUUGGGCGGUGAAUAGGGGGGAUGGGCUCCUCCGAUAACGCUAAUUGGUUCCUCGAUUGCUCGCUGAUCGACGAUAUCCCUGACAAUGGAGGGUUUUAUUGGGCUCCUCAGGGCCUCGACCCUGUUUCCAAUAUCAGUGUGGAUAUGGACAGUUCUUUUUUAAAUUCUGCCGGUCUUAAGGAACCUGGCUCUGCAAAACGUAUGAGAUCAGAGUCCUCUAGUCAACCUUCCUCCAAAGCCUGUAGGGAGAAGAUGAGAAGGGAAAGGCUGAAUGAUAGGUUCUUGGAAUUAAGUUCGGUUCUUGAUCCCGUGAAUCCACCAAAGACAGACAAAGCUGCUAUUUUAAACGACGCUGUUCAAUUGGUGACUCAACUGCACAAUGAAGCACAGAAGCUGAAAGAUUCAAAUGAAAGCCUCCGGGAAAAGAUAAAAGAAUUGAAAGAUGAGAAGAACGAGCUUCGCGAUGAGAAGCAGAGGCUAAAGGCAGAGAAGGAAAGUCUCGAGCAGCAAGUAAAGAUUCUGAAUGCGAUACCAAGCUAUGUGCCUCAACCACCCAUGGUGCCCAGUCCCUUUGCAGCCCAAGGACAAGCGCCGCCCGGACACAAGCUCAUGGUUCCCAUCAUCGGUUUCCCCGGCUUCCCAAUGUGGCAAUACAUGCCACCUUCUGACGUCGAUACGUCACAGGAUGCCGAUAACUGCCCGCCUGUUGCUUAAUCAGCAGGUGGAUCAGGUUCAAGAAAACUUCUUGUAGCCUCUUACACAUUGGGCUAACAAGGUUAGUUUCUGAUUGUAGUUUCGAUGAAUCCGCUGCCUAUGUAUGUUUGCUUCAUGAUUUUGGGUUUUGGUUAAGUGGUUAGGAAGCUUUAGAUCUGAGUAAGUUCUGAUUCUAGCUUCUGCCAUCUCUAUGUGGAGAAUCCUUCAUUUCAAUGUAAUAUCAAUCGAUAUUUCUUA